AUGGCAUCUGAUGAAACAAGCGAAUCAUUCAUUUCACAUGAACAAGAUAUUAUUUUGAUUUCUGACGAUUCUGAUUCAAAUUCAGAGAGCGCCGUAAUUGAAAAUUUAAAGCCAGUUCGCACAACCUCAAUUUUAGUACCGAUUAGCAACGAGUCGAAAUUAUGGUGGAACAAUCUAAAAGAAGAUGUUCCUGGUGAACAACAAUGCAAGAUCAAGGAUUGCAAGUUCGCUCCAUUAGGGCAUCGAGCUCAUCCAUUAUUUCAGAGAAAUUAUUGCGGCCAAGAAAUGAAGCUCAUAAUACAGUAUUUGAAUUAUUACGAUGUUAUACACAGCGGUAAAGGAUUUUGUGUCUGGGAAGACAUGCAUUCAAGAGGCUAUAUGAGGCAUCGUACUGUUCAGUCGUUAAACAAUAAUUUUAAGAAAAUAUUGUUGAGGGAUAUAGAAGUUUUCCAAUUGCCGCAGUCAUUGGAGGAUAAGUUUUUGGAGUUGAGGCAUAUAUCAGCAAGUGACCGAAAAGAUUACUAAGCAGUCGUUCAGUAAUUGUAUUUAAGGAUGGAUAAGUAGCAUUGAUAGAAGAAGACAAUAUCAUGGGACGCCGAAUUACUCACCUAUUUAAGAUCUCCGGCAC